GGCGGCCGAGGGCACCGCGGGACUGCGGCGCGCCACCGAGAGUGGCGGGGCCUUACUGCUCUAGGCGCGUCUCCCCAGCUUGGGCGCUGAGGGUCGGGCCGCCUCCGUGGCGACAGGCGCCUCCACUCUCGGUGUCUCUUUGGUGGGCGACAGCGAGAGCUCAGGCUUGGUGUCCCGGGCAGGGGUCUCCCUAGCCCUGGAGGACGGGCUGGGCAUGGUGGAGAGUCCUCCGAAACACUGCUCUGCUCAUCUCUGGGGCGGUGCUGUGACACCCUCUCCCUACCAUCCAUCACUGAGGGAACCCAGUCGUCAGGACGAGAUUUGAGACAGUUUCUGCCCCAGGCAGCUGACCCCCAGUCUCGGGUGAAUCCAAAGGAGAAGUUGACUCUUGCCUCCCUGCCAUCCGUCACUCUCACCCGGAGACUGGCUCGCUGCUUUGCGGCCCUCCAGCGUCCUCUGUGGCCUCAUGGAUGAGCUGGUACAUGACUUAGCCUCAGCCUUGGAGCAGACAUCUGAGCAGAAUAAGCUUGGUGAGCUGUGGGAGGAGAUGGCCCUGAGCCCUAGGCAGCAGAGGCGGCAGCUUCGGAAACGCCGAGGCCGGAAACGCCGGUCUGACUUUGCUCACCUGGCAGAGCAUGCCUGCUGCUUCAGUGAGGCCUCUGAGUCAAGUCUGGACGAGGCCACCAAGGACUGUAGAGAAGUGGCUCCGCUCACCAAUUUCAGUGACUCUGAUGACACCGUGGUGGCCAAACGGCACCCAGCUCUCAGCACCAUCAUUAGGAGUAAACAGCAUACUUGGCAUGAAUCUGACUCCUUUACAGAAAAUGCACCUUGUCGACCGCUCCGGCGCCGAAGGAAGGUGAAGAGGGUAACAUCAGAGGUGGCUGCCAGCCUUCAGCAGAAGCUGAAAGUGUCAGAUUGGAGCUAUGAGAGAGGCUGCAGGUUCAAGUCUGCCAAAAAGCAGCGUUUGUCCCGCUGGAAGGAGAAUACUCCUUGGACCUCAUCGGGCCAUGGGCUGUGCGAAUCAGCAGAAAAUAGGACUUUCCUUAGCAAAACAGGAAGGAAAGAAAGGAUGGAGUGUGAAGCAGAGGAACAGAAGCAGGGCUCUGAUGAGAACAUGUCAGAAUGUGAAACUAGCAGUGUAUGCAGCAGCAGCGACACAGGGCUCUUCACCAAUGAUGAAGGACGACAAGGGGAUGAUGAGCAGAGUGAUUGGUUUUAUGAAGGAGAAUGUGUCCCAGGAUUCACAGUCCAUAACCUUCUGCCCAAGUGGGCUCCUGACCACUGCACUGACGUAGAAGGAAUGGACUCCGGACUGGAUAAACUCUCAGAUCCCACGUUCCUUUUGCCUUCCCGGCCAGCUCAGAGAGGAUACCAUGCCCGUCUGAAUCGGUUGCCAGGAACUGCAGCUCGGUGCCUUAGGAAGGGGCGGAGAAGGCUGGCUGGGAAGGAGACCAGCAUAAGCAGUCUGGGAACUGAGAGGAUAAGCCAUAUCAUCAGUGACCCCCGGCAGAAAGAAAGGAAUAAAGCGUUGGUUUCUGAUUUCCCUCACAUUUCUGCGUGUGCACACGAGUUGAAUCCUCUGUCUCCUCUUUACUCCCUGGAUGUUCUUGCCGAUGCUCCUCAUCGAAGGUGUUCACCUGCACACUGCUCUGCCAGGCAGGCAAGUGUACACUGGGGACCACCAUGUUCACGUGACAUUAAGAGGAAACGGAAACCUGUGGCCUCAGCAUCUUUAUCUAGUCCUAGUUCAGUGCACCCAGAUGCGCUGGAGCCAGCCACCCCAGCACAGAAGCCUCCCAACUCCGAAUGGUUGGACGGGACCCCUGCAGCAGAGAAAGCCACUGCCUCCGCUCCAGCCACGGUUUUCAAAAUGCCGCCUGAAAAGAGUUCUGGAUGCAGCUACAGCCCAGGAGCCGAUGGGUGUUGAGACUUUGUACUGUACAGUCUUAGCAUUCUAAUCGGCAUUCCUGCUCCUUCCACCACCAGGACCGACUCCUCUUCACGUGCAACAGUCACCUUUUCUUUUAGAAAAUUAUAUUUGAGGCAUCUUUUUUUUUUUUUUUAUAAAAUAUUAGUUUUCCUUAAGGGGUGGGGCAGCCUCUGCUGUAUUCCUUACGUUGUUGUUGGCCCACCGUUUAUCUCCAGCUGCCUUCCUAGAGCUGUUGCUCCUUGGCAGCCAUAUCUUUGAUCCUGGAAAACUAGUGACCGCUUUUGCAUACCUUGUGUCUAGAGCUUUUAAUAUCACCAAUGAAGUCUCAAAUCCACAGCCAAUUCUAAACACAUUCCUGGACGGAAUUGUGUCUAUGCACUAAGGCUUGCCGUUGAGCCUUGAUUUCACUCAGUGCCGAUAAGAUACGUCAACCGAGUUCUCAGUUUGGGGCCUCAGGAAACACCAGCACUGUGGGAUGGAGCAUAUUGCCUACGUGUGGUCUGAGGGGAUCACCAGCAGCUGCGUUGCACUUGACCCCAUCUUCAUGCUCUGCAUUCUCCUGACAGAGAGCACAGAGGUCUGCAUGCUACAAUGCAAAUGAUGGUUUAGGUGCCCAGCAAAGUCGUCAGUGGAUGAUGUUUGCUGUAGUGUUUCCGACCCUGGUCUAAGGCUUUCUGUCCUAAGUGGACUUCAUUGCUCGUAUGUUAUAGGUCAGUAACCAGCGUGCACUGUUAUCUGUUAUGAUAACAGCUGGUUGGGGCCAUGCUUUGGGAAGGAAAAAUGUCUUUUUGACAUGCCUUUCUAUGUGGCAUGUUUAUGACCGCUUAGCCGCAUGUACAGUUGUAUAUACAGUUGUGCCUGAAGUUGAUCCUACUUUGUCAAAGUGAGGAAUAAGUGACUGCCUAGAGCUGCUGGGGGAAAGCCACAUUAUUUCCCAAAAAGUAUUAUCCAGAGCACCUGUCAUUUAGGGUCCGGCUUAACAGAGUGCUCUUUUUUUUCUUUUUUCUUUUUUUUUAUAUAUAUCAACUGAGUGCUUCUACUCUGAAAUACACCAGAGCUGUUUGUUAAAUGCUCACUGCUUUGGUCACUUGGGAGACAACACCUCUCUCUUAGACAGGUGCCUGGUGGUCCAACAGCCUCCUUUUCCCAAAGUGUAACUAUCCCUCCCACACAGGGUGUAAUCAGUGUGUUCCCUGUGAGAGUUACAUUCACUUGGGCGAUGUAGUGAGAUGGGCAGGUGGCCAGAGUAUGACUGUUUGGAAAGGGGAACCUGAAACUCGGUUUUCAUAGAUCUUGUGGACAGCUGAAAAUGUAUGAGCUGAGCAUGGCAAGAAUGGUGGAGGGAGGUGCAGAGAGCGAGCACAGGACGGAAGAGGUAACACCAAAGCCAGAAUCACCCUGGCUCCUAAAAGGAGCAACUGUCUUAUGGUGUCACAGCUGCAUCCACAGAAGAUAGUGUGGCACUGUUAAACGGUUAGGUGAUGAAAGUGGAUGUGUGUGUCAUCAGGCAUUCACACCCGGUUCCUGCAGUAGCCCAUGGAGCACAUUUCUAGCAUUCUGAGUCAGGUUAAGGGAAAAAUCUACUGAUAAUGUUUUUGAAAUUUUCCAAGCUGGUUCAUGCAGACAUUGGUUCUGGUGAUGACUUGUGGACACCUCUACAGUUAGGUGCAAAGGCAUUCCCAUUGCUCACCUUUGUGCUACAUUGACUGAUUGUCCUCUUUCCUAUCUAGGAUUUCAAAUAGUUUGUGUAUAUUUAUUUAUUUGCAUUUUAGAUGUCUCUUUGAAGCAGUGGCAGUUUUCAGAGGGAAAGGCAGAGUUGUAUGCUUUACUCAGUCACGUUAGUAAGCCCAGACUGAAACUACAGACAUUCAUGCUGUUCUGCCUUGGGUUAAUCUGUUGUUUCUCAUUGGUCUCCCAAGUCAGCCUGAGGCCUGUAUCUAUUCAUGACUGUUUAUCAUCUUCCUUGGUCAUGCAUUUCUACACAUUUUUGAAUAGUUUUGACAGGGAUCACCCAAGAUUGCAGCAUCUACCUACCUAUGAUGAAUGGGAAUAAAGUUAUUUACCUGAGAAAAUAGAAUAUUAAGCACACACAUACUUUCUAAUACAGGGUUGUAAAUUAUACUCAUUUUUAGGUGUAAAUGCAUGCUUAAGGAAGCCAUUUAUUCUGCUUAGUUUCUCUUUACCAGCUUCAGGGGCUAACUUUACUAUCAGCUGUAUUUUAAACCUUACAUUUAAUUUUUUUUUUUAAAUGACACAGUGCAUAAUGUCAUAAAUUAAGAUCUGCUCUUCAAGGAGAGAUGUGGUUUUGCAAUCAGGUUUUGUUGUCAGUAUUGAAGAUCACCUGACAGACCUUAAAGAUGACCAUUGAUUGUGCUCAUACAUUUAAUACCAGAAUUAAUGAAGCCAAGUGCCACAGUUCUGAGUUCCGGGUCCUGAUAUAUCCUUAUCGAGUGUAUGGAUGUUUCUCUGAAUUUCACUGUUAUAUAUAUAUAUUUUUUUUUCUGUAGUGGACAAAAGUCACAUUAUCUACUUGCAUGAAGUCCAUUCAUAAGAUGUUAGCUUUACCAAGAAGUUUGAGGGGAUCUGAGAUUAUUUUUAGAUGCUGCGUUUACAGGAAGAGUUGCAUUUUAUCAAAGCUGCUGGGUAGCUGGUUAGAGCUGAUGAGAAGAGGAAUUCAGUCCUGUUUACAUGGUGCUACAUUUGGAGGGGCAGAAACUAGUUUUUCUGAAUGGUGUGGUUUGGCCUUGAGUUCUUUAGAAAUCAAUUGCAAAGAAAAAAUUUCAGAUGACCUUGGCUCUUAAACAAGGGAGUUCUCUCGGCAAAUGACCCAAAGUAAAUAAAGCGUCUUAAUCUGUGGUGCUUA